AUGCCAGUGUUUUUCACCAAGUAGGAAGCAUAAAACACAAAUGAUAGUUCCAUGUGCCCUGCAGAACCCACUAAACAGAUGUGGGGCCCCAAACAAUGCUCUUCCCACAAAGUGCUCCCUUCUCCCUACUCAUAGUAGUGAGCAGCCCAGACUUGAGAGAUGAAGGAAACAAAAGGAUUAUUUCCUGAAUCCUUCAUAGGAGCAUCCCAGGUUUAGCUUUCAUCUUGUUCUGCUAGUUUCAUAAAUAUCAAUGCUAUUUGGAACUGCAGCAUAAAUCGGCACAGUAAAGCCCUUUUCUUUCCUGCUAGCAUUAGCUGUGUUUGUCCAAGGUCAGAACAGGAGGAAUUUGUUGCUGCAAUCUUGUCUUCAUUUUAUCCUUUAUGUGUAGAGUACUUGGCCAUUAUUGCUAAACCAAGAUAGCAGAAGGCAAUGUGUCCUUCAUUCUUUUAGGAUUCCAGAAUGUGCUGUCAGAAAAUGUUGAUUCUGUAUCUUACAUGCAUGACAUUUUUAUUUCGUACUGGCCAAGGCAGGACUGAUACUUGUGGGUUUCCAAAGUUUAGGUGUCAAGAAGCCCCUCUCCAUCACCACCUUUUUAGGAACAAGUGAAAUAAGUUAAGAACCUCCUUCCUUAAAAGCACCCAGUCUCUUGGAGGCAGCUCAGCUCUCAAUGUUUCAUUUCCAUUUCCACAGGGUUCUAAUGUUGCAUCCACACACCAUGAAAUCAGAUAGAUCCAAUAGCCACGCUUGUCUGUUUUAGCAGAAGCAGUCUCAGGGCACCUUAAAGAUUUAGCCAGUGUAUAACAAAACAACUGAAGCCAGAGGUGGUGAACCUGUAGCCUUCAAGCUAAAUUUGUGUGGUUGGUGGGAGCACAGAGAGCAGGAGGCAGGAAAUCGUGUGUGUGUGUGUGUGUGUGUGUGUGUGUGUGUGUGACUGACUGGGAGAGAGCCAAAACAGAUGGAGUGAUGGAAGACAAGGAAGCCCUUGACAUGUGAUCAGUUUAGACCUCUGGCAGUUUAGACCUCUGUUCAUUCAUUCCCUGGCAGCCUGCUGGGUGGAGAGAGAGGAAAGGUGUGCCUUUGCCCCACUUUUGGCUCUGCCUCCCAUCACCUGCUUUGGGAAAUAGGCAGAGGUAAUUCCUAGGAUUCCAGUCCAUGGAAGCUUGUGCAUCUGUUCUAAUCUAUAAAGGGCUGUGACCUACUUUGUGAGUUCAUUUUGUGACUCUGAGGAGUCCUUACUCUCUUCCUGUGAACUUGACCUCAGCUGAGAGUUACCUGGCAUAGCAACUGGUUGUUGCUGAGCUAUCUGUCUCUCCUUCUCCAUUCCAGGAUUGUUCUCAUGGAUGAUGCUGUGGACUGCUUGAUGUCUUUUUCAGACUUCCUGUUUGCCUUCCAGAUCCAGUUUUACUACUCAGGUGAGCCCAUUCUUACUAACCUUGUCUCUCUUACUACAGUGACCCAUUUAGGAUUGUAGACUCUGGACUUAGCAGCUUCACACCAUUGCCCACCCCCCUUUUUUACAUGGUAAUAUGUAUUGCUUCACUUACUUCAAAACGUGAUAAGCCAGCAGCCCUGCACUUCACUCUGCUGAGUGUGGCCCUGCCCUCAUGGUGCCACUGUCCUCCUGCACAGCUACAUUAGACAGGACAAAUAUGGCAGGAGUGUGGGCAACACAGGCCAGGAAGCCUUGUCCUGCGACGCAGAUCCUCCUGACAGAGAACUGCAUGUGAAGGUCACUCAUUCUACACACUCCUGAGCCAGAGAGGCACUUUGGACACAACUCAUUUCCAGAAAAAACUGGCAUUAAAGCAUGAAAAGUACAUGUGGCUCCUCCUAAUGUGUGAACUUUGCAUCCAUUUCACUGCAUAUUUAUUAUUAUUGGUUUUUAUAUAUUUUAAAGGCAAGCCCUCACAAGGUGGCUUUUGAAAAACAAUGGACAAAUAAUACAGUGGUACCUCAGGUUACAUAUACUUCAGGUUACAUACGCUUCAGGUUACAGACUCCGCUAACCCAGAAAUAGUGCUUCAGGUUAAGAACUUUGCUUCAGGAUGAGAACAGAAAUCGUGCUCUGACGGCACGGCGGCAGCAGGAGGCCCCAUUAGCUAAAGUGAUGCUUCAGGUUAAGAACAGUUUCAGGUUAAGAACGGACCUCUGGAACGAAUUAAGUACUUAACCCAAGGUACCACUGUGAAAACACAUGAGAUAAAAGCAUAUACAGGGGGUCCAGCUUGAAAAAUAAGAAACUCAGUGAAAUAAAGAAGUCUUUAGGGUCUGCUUAAGGACGACAAGAAAAGGGGAGAAGCAGUUCUUCUACAAGUGUGGAGCUGACACUGAAAAGGCCCUGGUUUUGGUAUUUGCCAACCUUAGUAGGAGGUCCUUAUCCUUGUUAGGUUCAUAUGGGUGUAGGCAGCGCUUCAAAUAAUCUGGUCCUAAACUGUUCAGGGCUUUAAAGGUUACUACCAGUUCUUCCCACUGAGCCCAGAAACAAAUGGGUGGCAAGAGCAACUGAUGCAAAAUCAGUGUGAUGUGAUCAAACUGUCUACUCCCACAAGCAUUCUGGCAGCUGAAGUUUGUAGCAGCUGAAGUUUCUGGACUGUCUCCAAAGGCAGUCCUAUAUGCAGAUCACUGUAGUAGUUUAGUCUGGAUGUGGCCAGUGCAUGUGUAACUGGGGCCAGCUCCACUUUCUCCAGACAAGGCUGCAGUUGGUGAUUGAACCCAAACUGAUAGAAGUCACUCCCAGCCACUGAGGUCACCUCCAUAAAUAACACUAUGCCCAGGAGACCCCCAAACCACACACCUGAUUCUGUGUAACCCCAUCAGAAAUCUGUUGUGAACAAACCUCCAGUGAUAUGUGCACCCACCAUACCUGAACACUGGCCAUGCUGCCUCAGAUUGCAUUGUAACCCAAAACACCUGGAGAAGAAAAAUAUCAAUAUACAACCAGCACAACUGCAAAUAGGCAUCAUGUGCAUGGUUUUCUCACAUCUUCACAAAAACCCUUUACAUGUAGCAAAUUCAAAAUGCUUGAAGCAGCCCCAAGUAUUUUAUUUCUGGAAAGCAGUUUCCUUUCUAAUAGUAACCAGCGAGAGAAUGGGUCUGAGUGAAGACUCUAGCACCUGUCAGGGGGAAAACCCCUGAAAUUUGGGGACAGUGUAUAUUCAUGGUAACCGUGUGGAAAUGCCUGUUUACAUUUUAUUGCUUCUGAGAGAUGGAAUCGUGUGCUAAAUUCCUUGUCCUGCUUCAUCCUUACGACAUGCCUCUCUGUUGUUUAUCUCUGGGCAGGGAUGGAAUCCAAAUGCACAGCAGAUAAUGAACCCCUCUCUGUCACUCUCUCCUGCGUGAAUGGGGUCUAUUUCAAGUAUGCAGCAUGUUCUGAAAGCUGCUCUAAACUCUGGACCUUCAGGAUAACCUUAGAAAGCCACCCAUCUUCGUGACGCAUCAUAGCCUUCCAGGCUUUUGUUGUGUGCAUAGAGGUCAGCAGACACAGACCACAGGUCACCACUUCCAUGCUCAUCUGCGCACGUCCGCUUUCCAGGCUACCCUACCAGUCCACAUGCAUGCAAACCACUCAGUGUGGAAUCUCCAUCUGUAAAUGGCUGACCAGGACCAUAAACAAACUUGUUUAAAUUUAGAUUCUGGGAGUAAACAGCGGGGAAGCUUUGGAGCCUGGGGGAAAAUGCUUUCGGCCAGCUUCUCCCCCUAAUCUUCCCUUUGGACCCUGUCUUGUGUUUACUUUGGAUUUGUGCUGAAGUACACUGGGCUGCAGGCUGGAGACUGCUUGACCCAACUCCCUUGCCUCCUCCAACAAUUCCAAACAGCUUCUUCCUAACUUGGGUGGUGUUUAUCUCUGUGACCGUGGAAGUUAGCGUGUUUAAGAAGCUAGUCUGAUUGGGUGGCCUUGACUUUCACUCUCCUUCGUAGAAUCAAAGUUGGAAGGAAUUUUUCUUAAAAAGCACAAAGAGCAGGACCAGCAAUUCAUCCACAAGAUUUUCAGAGGUGGCCCUGUGAAAUCCUCUUGUGGCUUUCUUGUCCCAUCCUGAAAAGGCUAAGUGCUAGGCUGUGUCACUACGGCACAGAGGUUGCCAGUGUGAUUUCCUCCCAGAUGUUGUGGGCUACAGCACCCACCAGCCCCAGCCAGCAUGGCCAACGGCCAGGGAUGAUGGGGCUGCUUUUUUUUUUUUUAAACAAUUCUAGACCACCCUUCAUCCGAGGAUCACAAGGCAGUUUACAAUAUGAAAACACAAAAAUACAUACCAUAGUAUUAGUCCAAAACCAUGUGAAGGGGACCAUGUUGACGUCCCCUGCACUAAGGCCUUUUGGGUCACCUCCUCACAUAGUAACACAAGUAAAAUCACAGUAUUGCAUGCUCUAAGGCUUCUUUGUCAGUAUCAUGCAUAAGUAACUGCAGGAGGAAGAAUGGGAUCGAUUUGCUACACAUGUCCCCAAGCCUGGAGAAUUCCCAUGUGUGCCAAUAACCAUGAUUUCUAAGUUGCCUUUCUGUUUUUACAGAGUUUAUUGAAAGCAUGGCUGCCAUCUAUCAAGAGCUCUUGACGGGCAAGAACCCAAACACUGUCAUUGUGCCUACAUCAUCCUCUGGGCAGCAUCGUUCGCGCCAGACUCUAAGUGAGUGCAGCCCGCUCGAUGGGGUGGAGGCAUCUGCAUUUUACCAGUGCCUUGAGUCUCUGUGUGACAGGUCCAAAUACAGGUAAGGCUUGUGACCGGCUAACAUGAAUAAACCAUGGUUCAUCUUUCCUACGUUGCAGGGAGGGGAGGGGCUCCCUGAAGUCGAGGCAAAGACACUCGUCACAUCUAGGAACUGAGAUGUGGCAAGUUGCCCUGUAUCCUUAGCCCAAUGCUGCCUCUCUGCUCUCUGAAACUAGCACAGCUAAAUACCACUGAUAGUUAGAUGGGUGACAGAAAUUAUGAUACCAGCUUCUCGAGGAGCACACAACUGCAAAAAGGCAGUUUCCCCUGUAACAAGUGAGCACGUUUUGAGCCUCCUCUUAACUCUGAGUUCUGCUAGAGGGAAGUGGUCUUUUGACUUAAGAGUACCCCAGUAUUCUCAGGCCCAUCUAGGGCAUUUCAGACUGAGCGUGAAAUAGGGCCCAUUUCUCAAAAGAAACAGUGCUGACAGUAUCCUUCCUUCAGUAGGAGAGCUAUGCCAGCGCUGACAGAAAUGGAUUGCAGUACCUGCUGGUCAAAGUUGUUGGGAAAUGCCCUUCACCUCCUCACAUUAAAAGGCAAUCAUGGUUGCCUGUGGAGAUUGAUUAUUUAUUCAUACCCUGCUUUAUAGCCCCAAGACACUCUCAAAGCAGCUCACAGAAGAUUCUCAAAUCUAGUACAGAAGCAGGAAUUGUACAGGGUCCACACAGAGCCAGGCUUGUCCAGGCAUCAUUUCCUGUCCUUGUCCUUCUUCCUUGAUGCCAUAGCAGGCAGCGGUCCUCCCCUGAGGCAAGGGAAUGGGACUAAGUGGCUGGAUCCUGUCAAGCCUAUGGUGGAAGGAGUCUUCCCUUACUGGUAACAUGCCAGGCGGCAGCUCCCACCAAAAUCCCUUGAGGCAAGGGGGUGCAGCCCAAUUCACACAUGGCCAGAGGAGGAGGGAGUUAUGGGGAGAUGAUUUCCUCCUGCGUACUUUUAAAAGACGGCUUCAUGUUGCAAAGUGACACCUGAUCCAUCCCUCCAUCCAUAAGCUGAAAUUGCUGAAACUGACGCAGCACAAUUUCUUCCUGUGUUCCUCUCGUUUGCCUAGCUGUCCCCCAUCUGCUAUUGUGAAGGAAGUUCUGAGCAGUGUGCAGAGACUGACCUUCUAUGGAUUUCUGAUGGCUCUUGCAAAGCAUCAUGGGAUCAACAGAGCCCUGGGUAAAGAAAAGUCCCACCCUGUUUCUUCCCUCUCCCCUGCAAUGAUGUGGUCUAGGGAAGUUGACAGCGGGUUUUAAAGUGACCACUGAGAAAGAUGCCUUUGCCGUGACCAAAUAUACCAGAAGAACAAUGUAGGAGCAUUUUAGAAAGGUCCCUUUGGAGUAAAGAAACUUGGAAUGAAUCAGUCAAGAAAGGCAAGCGGGACAGUACAAAAAAAUAAAGAAAAACCCUUCAUUUAAACUGCUUUAAUUCCUUCCAGUUGCCCAAAGACCACAUCAUGCAUUAUCUUUUAGUUGUAAAGUGUGACUGUGGCAGAUGCGUGUUUGGAAACAUGGGUUUCAUACCGGUUUCCCUUGUCAGGCAGCUGUGACUGGCUGCAACCGUCUGCUGAGUAUACAUUUGUUGAUUUGUUUCUGCAAAAUGAGAGAAGUGGUUCUUAAAUUAAUUGUUUAAUUCUUGGCCCAAUCCUUUGUGGCCUGCACUGGAUCAAAUGAAUUAUGAUUGGCUAAAGUGAGCCCAUCAGAUUUCACAUUUAAUCUCAUGUAUUCCUUUGUGCUAAAUUUCUAGCUAUUGUUGGGUUCUGUCCUAUACAGUGGUACCUAGUGACUAGUACUAGUGACUUCUGAGUAUCUUCAACCCAUUGCAAGUCCCUGUACGAAGCUGCUUCUCUGUCCCUCUGCCCUCUCUUGUUUUCUGGCCCGUGUGAGCCGCCAGCCGAGGGUCUAAGUCACACACAGCCAGCGCUGCUCUCUCCCUCCCUGUGCCUCAGCCAGCCAUCUGAGCUGCUAAUGCUAUCCUGGUGCAGGGCUGUUUACCCAGCAGCAAGGAGAUUAUAUAUCAAAGGGGACAGAGCAUACAAGCCUGCAAUCCCCUCUGCAAACAGGCUUAGAGAGACAUCCAUCCAUUCACAGGAGGAAGAGGGUGCCUGGACUCUGCAAAAGCCACUUUCCAGUAAAGGUGCAAAGCCAACAUAUGGGCUGAGCAAGCCCUGCCCACUGCCAUCGCUGUGCCAUGCACAAAGUGCCUGGGUUUUCCCUUCCAUUAAGGAAGGCCUGGCCUCUGGCCUCCUGCCAGCUUCCUGCCGAGGCCUCUCACAGGGAGGGGCAGCAGCCGCAAGUCGAACAGGUGCUCUCGUCUUGGCAAGGGAAGCCGGAUUCUUCUCCUGGUGCCUUUUCAUCUUCCCUGCACGCAGGCUGAUUUGAAUAGGCUUUGGUCUGCAGGGGAUCACAGGCUCCCCAGAGCCCUGCAGCGAGGGCAGUUCCAGGCGAGGGCUGGGAGGCGCUUUCAGGCAGGGGCCUUGGAGAGGCGGCAGCCCUGCCAUGACGAGAGACAGGGAUUAGAGCACAGCGGAUGAGUUUCUCAGGCAGAUGGCAACGCCCAGCCUCACGUCAAUAUUGAUUCACCAGUCCUCUAAGUGCUGCCUAUUGACUCUCCCAAGAGAUUCAAGCGUCCCAGGAGACUUUCUUGCACAUGCAGGAAGAUGACCAGCAUUUGGCUGGGUUCAGCUAAUUGAGGCUGUGGAAGGCUGGCGGCAGGCGGGAGCAUUUUCUUGGCUGCUGCAGGCUUCUGCCAGGGGUGCUGAAGAACCCCAUUUCUUGUAGUGUCAGAGAACACAGGAAGUUGCCUUCCUGUGGUCAGACCAUUGGUCCAUCUAGUUUAGCGGCUCUCCCAGCUUAGCUCCCACCCCAAGCCACUACAUCUUGCAAACAUGCCUCCAGUACAUUGUGGGAAGCAAAAAGGGUUAAGGCAUUUUUUCUCCACCCCAAGUUGUCUCCUAUCAAUACUGCUUUGCAGCAAGGAAGCAGGCCAUCAGGAUUUCAUUCUACACAAUUGCGCAAUUUCUGUGAAGACACAAUGGAAAGACAGCAGCAAGGGUGCUUGCUUUCAGCUCCCCCCUCCAGACACCUCAGUGGGUUUAUGUGUUAGAUUUUCUAUGAGGCAUCCCUCAGAAGACGACAGCUGCAUAGGCACCCUUGUUGCAAGUGGCCGAGAUCAUGUAGCUCCUUCUAAGCAAGAUAACAAGCAAUAGAGCAUGUAAAAGGUAAUCAGUUAACAUAACUGAGUACCCGCAAAUCAAUUAUUUUAACAAUUACAAUUGUUAAAUUGUUAAACUUUUAAUAAAUAUCAUUUAAAAAAAAAAAAAGAGUACCCGCAAAUCCCAUUGUUUUGGGAAAGAGAUUGACCAGCAUCGCCUUGACUUAACUGCGUGUUCUCAAAGGGAUGCAUCAUCCACUCUGCAGAAGGCUCUAUUUGCAUUAUGAACUUAAGUGUUCAACUGAAAAGCACACACACACAAUGGACAUAGAAGUUGUCAAGUUCUUAUGGCAUAUGGAUGACAGCAGUUUUUGCUGAAGUGUCAGGCUGAUCUUCACCUUGUUGCUUUUUUUCUCCUCCAGGUGCUCUCCCAGAUAAGGCAGAUCUGCUGCUUGACCCACAUAUGGAUCAGGAACUGGAGAAACUGUAAGUCCCUUUCCAGCGGAGAAAGCAGAGUCAGGCAACAUGUCCCUCUAGCUCAGUAGUCUACUCUGCAGUGCCUCUUCCUUCAAGGACAUUUCCACCCCUGUCUGCAGAUACUGGGGACUGAACCCGACACCUUCCAUUUAUAAAACAUGCAUUUUGCCCCUGAGCUACAGGCACAGGUUAUGCAGCAGGACUCCUCUUUGGAUCCGUCUCAGCUCAGUGGUGCAGUUGAUGAGACGGCAAAUUGCCUUUUUAAGCAGUUGCUGCUAAUUGACAUGGAGGACUGGAAGACUUUCCAGCCCAAGUCUAAUCCCAACAAACAGCACCUGUGCAAGAGUGCAAAAGGUGUCUCACACAGCAGUUUGGCUAGCCACCUUAAGAGAGACCCAGAGGCUUCUAACUAAGCUGUGUCUUAGCUGUGCAAGUCAAGAGUCCUGUCACUUAAACAAGAGCAGUUUAGGAAGUGGAAACUAAAUGCCAGCAGAGGAAGCUCUUGGCUUGUUGCAAACAUAAAGUCUUCCAUGCGGCAGAGGAGCCCUCUUGACGGCAACUUGCGAGCCACAUCCCUUCCCCCAUGUACUAGUGCACAAGAUUCUGCAAUGACAAAUCUCUCAGCCCCAUUUUUCUUCUUGCAGGGUAGCUCAAGUUUCCGGGCUCUCCCUUUCCAAUUCCAACCCUGCCAGCGGGGAUGCGACCAAUGUGCCUUCCCGCCCCUCUCUCCGACUCAGCUCCCCUUGGAGGCCUCUCCUCCACCGCCGGAAAAUGGAUGCGGAAAGCGACGGCUCCACCGAAGAGACAGAUUCCUCUGAGAACUGAUGGAUAGAUAUGCAUGGGAGGACAAGCUUAUUUCCAGCCCUUGUAACUGAAGCCAUGUAGGCGUUGAUGAAACAUAGCUGUUUAAGCACCUUCCUCCACAAUCUCAACGUGUGACCUACUCCUUUUUACUCUUUAUCAGUAUUAUAGCUCAGAGCUCCCUCUCAGCAAGGCACACCCCAUUCUAACAAAAACUGUUGUUUUCUCCUCAUACUGGCAGAGAAAUUGGAUGGCUAGGCCAUGAAAGCUGACAUCAGCUGCAGGGUUGGACUGCCCUCUGGUGGCAGGCUAAGUCAAAUUAGUAGAAACAUUCUAGCACUAGGGCAAGUACCUUUGAAGAAUCAAUUCUAAUCCCAAAACUAUGCACUGUGAAACAUUUUCAUCCUCAUCCAAGGAUAGGAAAUAUACAAGAUGAAGCCUGUAACUCAAAGUACUCUUCUUGUCCUCACGAGAUUUAUUUUACUUUCUCCUCCUGUAUAUGCCCUAUCUGCUAGUCGGUUAGCUAUUCCAACACCUUCCAAGUUUCACUUCAAAAUUCAAACAAGUUAGUAAGACAUGACCCCAGUCACCAGAUGUGAAAUUUGGGGCUAAGCUUCCAUACUUUGUGGGAUGGCCAUUGCCGAUGAGCAUUUUCAAAUGCUUACUGGGCUCUAUUGUAGGAGAAAGGAGUAGGGCAUUAUUUAUUAAUUUGCAAAGCUUUAAACUUUCCUGCAAACAAAGUAUAAUAUAUAGUAAAUAAAGCAUGUUGUAAAAGGCAAGUAAUGUGUCUGAG